AUGCCUGCCGCGUCGAAGAAAAAGUCGUCUGCCGCCAAUGUGGCGAUGAAGAAGGCCAGCAUCGAUUCCUCGGUGUCGUCUUCGAGUGAAGGAACCCCGGUGGGGACGAUGGAGAAGUCCGCAGUCAAGAUGCACAAACGAUCUCGCUCUGGCUGCUUCACCUGCCGUCUCCGCCGCAAGAAAUGUGACGAGAAACACCCGGCCUGCAGUGCCUGUAUCAACCUGUGUGUCAAGUGCGAAUAUAAGCGUCCGGCAUGGUGGGCCAAUGCAGACCAGCGGAGACGCCAGAAAGAGAAGGUCAAGAACAUGAUCAAGCAGACGAAGAUGAAUGAGCGCAACGGGUCCAUGAGCGGUGCGUGUCUCGUCGGUGCAGACUCGCCGGUUCCCUCCACUCAUCCAUGUACAGACCCUGCCAGCCGUAGCCGGCCGAUAGACCCCUCCCCGACGAGUCCUGAACAUGAAUACGGUCGUCCAGUAUUCCCAGAGCAGUACGACAUGUUCUCGUCGCAGUUUGCUAACCCCGAGAUGCCUCAACAAAUCUGCGGGACGUUCGGUCCCUACGAGAUCGAUGUCAAGACAGAGCGACAGACCUAUGUCAACGACAUCCCCCUGCGCCAUGACUCGACCAGCUCGACCUUCAGCACCUUUGCGCCGCCGCAACUAAAUGCGCCUCUGCCAACCUUCCCCGGCGAGGACUGGUUCCACGAGGAAUGCUUCCCUCCGCCACCAGCUCUUCCCGGUAUCGACCCGGCGCUGUCCAGCCAGAAUAUCGCCCAGGCCUACGAGAUGCUGCAGGCCAACAUCCCCGUGAGUGACCAUGACCGACCUCUGCUCGACCACUUCAUCCAUAAUGUCCUGCGCAUGAUCUUCCCCAUCCUGGAGGCGCACCAGCGCGGCCACCUCCGCGCCCAGGCCAUUCUCCAGGCGCUCGAGACCAACAGAUGCUACCUCCACUGCUGUCUCAGCGUUGCUGCCAUCCACUUGAAGACGACAGACCCCACUAUGGGCGAGCAGAUCGACCACGACAUCAUGCGACACCGUUUUGAGGCUGUUUCACAGCUGUGUCUGGCGCUGGGCGAGGACACCAAGCACGAAGAGAUCCUCGACGCCACCCUCGCCAUGAUCUUCUUCCACUGCUCCGUCGGUCCCGCGGACGACUACCUGCCCGAUAUCCCCUGGUACGACCACUUCCAGGCAGCGUCCAACCUGGCGAACCGACUCGGCCUGCCGAACGCCGUCGAGGCCUGCGGAAACCCCUACAUGCAGCCGCCCUUCAGCAUGACCCUCACGUCCUGGAUCGACAUCCUCGGCUCGACGAUCCACGGAAAGACGCCCGAGUUUGCGCACACCUACCGCUCCAAGCACCUGAGCGGCGCCUCCUCCGGCCUCCGCGAGCUGAUGGGCUGUGACGACCGCGUCAUGUACCUCAUCUCCGAGAUCACCUGUCUGGACGCCCUGAAGAACGCCGGGAGCAUCGACGAAAUGGCCGUGUGCUCGCACGUCUCGGCCCUGGGUCGCCAGCUGGAAUUCACCGAGCCGGCCGACCAGACCCUGGAGAACCCUUACGCUCCCAACGGCAUGCUGCGCCCCGACGUCCUGACCAAAAACAUGACCGCCGUCUUCCGCAUCGCCGCCCGCAUCUACCUCUGCAGCCUGGUCCCCGGCUUCGACCGCAGCCAGCCCAGCAACCUCAACCUGGUCGCCGCCAUGGCCAACACGCUGCAGUUCAUCCCGUCCGGCCCCAACGGCUUCGACCGCUCCCUAGUCUGGCCGCUCCUCAUCACGGGCGCCUACUCCGCGCCCUCGAGUCAUUUCCGCGCCGUCCUGGCCGACCGCGCCGCCGCACUCGGCCCGCACGCCGACCUGGGCAGCUUCGGCCGCAUGUACCGGGUGUUGCAGGAGGUGUGGCGCGUGACGGACGAUCCGAUCGAGACCUUCAGCACGGUGAAGGACAGCCCCGACCUGGCCAGCCCGGUGAAGCUCGAGGGGUCGGCGUCGCCGCAACCCAUCACCGGCGCCGAAUGGGAGUCGCCCGAGGCCCGACGGCCGCAGAUGCACUGGCGCGACGUGCUGAAGCAAAACGGGUGGAACUAUCUUCUAAUUUGA